GUAUCAUACCCUGCGAAUCAUCCCUGGCGAAACAUUUUCUUACGCUGCUGCCGAGUUUGCCCUCAAUUAUAAAUAAAAUUACAAAAUUUCAUUGUUACCGUUGUUAAAAUCUGCGCAUCGCUCGGCCAUUCACAUUUACACUCGAUACAAGUGGAAUUAACGUUGUAAAAACAUGUCAACACCCGCACGCAGACGUCUUAUGAGAGAUUUUAAAAGACUUCAAGAGGAUCCACCAACGGGUGUUUCGGGUGCACCAACAGAUAAUAAUAUUAUGAUAUGGAAUGCUGUGAUUUUUGGUCCACACGACACACCAUUUGAGGACGGAACCUUUAAGUUAACCAUAGAAUUUACGGAAGAAUAUCCCAAUAAACCGCCAACAGUUCGAUUUGUUUCGAAAGUAUUUCAUCCCAAUGUGUAUGCAGAUGGUGGCAUAUGCUUGGACAUAUUGCAGAAUCGCUGGAGUCCCACAUACGAUGUGUCAGCCAUACUUACAUCUAUACAGUCACUGCUGAGCGAUCCUAAUCCCAACUCACCGGCUAACUCCACCGCCGCCCAGCUAUAUAAAGAGAAUCGCCGCGAAUACGAGAAGCGUGUGAAAGCCUGCGUGGAGCAGAGUUUCAUCGAUUAGCCAUGCGCCCACUUUAGGAACAGCAAGAGCACCAGCAUAAGCGGGAGCCACAAUAGUAGCCGAAGCUGCGUGGGCCGAUGCAGCUUAAAACAUCAGCAAACUACAGCAACAAAAAUAUGCAAUACCAUAAAGAAGUUUAAAUUAAAUAAUAACAGAAAUAUUUAUGAUAAUUGUAAUGCUAUAAAAUUGUAACAGCGCCAAUGGCACGGCACAUCAGCAUAUAUAGACCCUCACCCGCUCGCAAAAACCAGCGCACACCCACUGUCACAGGGCAAUUUUUAGUUAUAUUUGUUUGGCCGAUAGUUUCGUUUUGUCCUUGAACCCUUUAUACCCGAAAUAGAGACGAAAAUAAUGCAAGAAUUGCGGUAUCCACUGUAGAAUUAGCCCCUAGAAGUAGGUGGCAGUCAAAAGUCUCUUAUAAGCUAACAACUCAAAUGUUAUAAUUCAUAGAGGAGCGGCAAAAAAAAAAUUAUUAAUAUUAAUAAUAAAAAAAAAAAUUAUAAAACCAACGUCAAACAAUUGCAAAACCCAAAAUAGUUUCAUUUUAGAUGUGCGCAAAGCAACUAACAUAAAAACUAUAUACCAAAAACACAAAAAAAAACGAAUAAUUGUAGUAAUUUUAUCGUAGCAGAAAUGCACAGUUAAUUGGCAAUGUUUGAUCCGCCCAAAAUCCCAGUGUCAAAGAUAACUAUCCAACCCCCCGCAUACCCCCAUACCCCCAUACACAUGCUACCUAGAUCGAUUCAUAAGUUUAUUGGCUACAAAUUGUGAAACUACUAGAAAUUGAGAAUUAAAUGUUAGUUGUUAGCAAUAUAAACCAAUCUAAACAUGGUAUGUGAGAAGAAUUCUCCACGUUGGGAAUACUAAAUGUAUAGCUCCGUAGCGUCCAGUGACCAACCUUUUUUCGCUAGCCUGGGCAACAGGCAUUAGUCUCUGUUUUCCUCCAAGAUUCAAGAUUUGGUCCCCUCCUGGUUUGGCCCGAAACGUUAACCACGCAGAAUCGAAGAAAGUGCGGGGCUUUCUUAAGUGUAUAGUCGGAUGGAAAACCUCAUAAACUGCCAUUUGCCACGCUAUGUACAUGUACUCUCUAGGUUCCACUGUGUCUUGGCUGCGGCAAUUGAUUUAGUUAGUUAUUAAGCGUUUACAAUCGAGUCUUGAUCAUGUUUUCUGUUGAAUGCGAAUUGCUGUUCCUUUUGCUAUGAACCCUCCACUUUUUGGCACUUUGUGUUGGAAGCGAACGACGAACGAAGAUGCGAUCCAUGGUGAUGCUCUGAGCAUCAUGUUAAUCUUAUAUACGAAUAAUCUAUCAUAUAGCAGCCUAUUGUUUAUUUAAUUAUGAACCAAUUCAACCAGAAGAUGGAAGUAAUCCCAAAAAGUACACUCAGCAAAAAAGAUAAAAACUGGAAGAGCAUGUGACGAUUAAGCAACAAUUACAAUUCAGUGGAAUUUCAAAUUACCUUACUGUAAUUAACAUUAUUAUAAUUAAUAAAGUAUAAGAUUUCAAAUAUCAAUAAAUGAAAAUACCACAAUA